CUGGAAACAAUCCGUGUACAACCAACUGGGUGCAGGAACAGGAUCGCGAUCGCGGCUGUCGAGUGCCCGCCUACACCGCCACCAUGUCGUUCCAAGACAACCCCAACCUCGAAGCUCAACCCACCACCUUCCGCCGCCGUGAUGACCCCCAAUACGCCGACGAUCCCGAGUUCCAGACCUUCACCACCGAACUAUCCGACAAACUCUUCACCCUGACCUCCAACAUCUCCCGCCUCUCCUCACAACUAGGCCUGCUCGGCACAAAGCGAGAGACGGAGCGGGUGCGCGAACGAGUCCAAGACCUCCUCACCGAGACCGGGAACGAGUUCAAAGAGAUUGGCGAGGGCUUGAAGAAGGUGCAGGCCUGGCCCGACUUGGGCCCGAGCCAGAAGUACACGCAGGGCAAGCUGAACCAGGAGUUCAAGGCGUCUCUCACGGAGUUUCAAGGGCUGCAGCGCUCGGCGCUGGAGAAGCAGAGGGCGAGCGCAUCGGCGGAACGCGCGGCAUUAGAGCAGGACGGUACCGCAUCCUCCGCCACAGGACAACAGGAAGGAGGCGAGCGGCAACAACUGUUACAGCAGCAGCAAGCGCGGCUGGCGGACCAGGGCGAGGUGGACUUUCAAGAAACGCUAAUCAUCGAACGGGAAUCGGAAAUUAGGAACAUUGAGCAGUCGGUGGGCGAGUUGAACGAGCUUUUCCGCGAUGUCGCGCAUAUGGUUCACGACCAGGGUCAGACACUUGACGUGAUCGAUGCCAACGUCACGCAAACCCGAGACGAUACGAGGAAUGCGGACCAGCAGCUUCGCACGGCGAGCCGGCAUCAAAGAAGCGCGCGCGGCAAGGCAUGCUGUUUACUGAUCAUCUUGGCGAUUGUGCUCGUUGUGGUCAUUCUGGCGGUCGUGGUGGCUUGAUCUUCGUUGACAUGCAAAAGCAAGCGUGUGACGGGGUUGAUGCAACUUCAUGUAUAGAUUUGCGGGUGUUUGACAUCAUGUACAUAUGCUCUUUACGCUACGAACUUCAACGCCUUUAAUUGCAACUCACUGUCAGAAGUGAGAAGAAGAAGAAGGCAUAUCACUCAGCCUUUCUAGCAACGAGAUCAUUUCUCGCCACCGUUGACAGAUGUCGAUGACUAAAGUUCUACGGCGACUACUCU